AUGCCAUCAACCGCCAAACCACGACGAGAAACGCGUUCGACUCGAGCUAAAUCUCAAGGCCAGUCAUCUUCGGCCCCACCUCCUGGUCCUAAACGUCCUUCUAAACGACGUCGCCGCGAGUGGGACCUUACUCAGGAAGAGAUGGAUCUGGAUCCGGAUGCCGAUAACAAUAUCUCGGAUCCCAAUUAUCUUCCAACUCCAUCUGCUACACAGCAGCCUCCCCUUCCAACGGCAUCUGCCACUCAGCAACCUACCCUUCCAACCACCACAUCCCAUCGGAUCACCGAUGAUAUCAAACUCUCUGAUAUAACUUUGAAGAAUUAUCAGGCAGCGAAGAAAUCUUGGCCCGUUGGACGGAUUCAAGCACAGUUGGCUCGACAGCGCUCAUCAAAUCAUCAGCUAAGCGCGGCUGUCAUUGCCGAAGGACAGGCCGUUCUUCAAGACCUGGACCACACCAUUCACAUGAUUGCGAUGGUCGCCGGUGUGGACAUUAGCAAAUUGAAGCGGGCCUUGGGAUUGAUGGGUGGGACUCAUGGGGAAAAUCCGUGGCACCGGUGGUUGAGCUUCGCACUUGAUGCUAAUAAGGUGGCAAUGCCUCUACGGGGGGACCCCAAUUCCAGCGACAUUCUCACAUGUCGAAAUCAAGCAAAUUCGAUUACUUAUCAAGCCCUGACCGACGACGAAUACGCCGUGUUUACAUCUAAGGUCUUCUACGCCCUUGGAGGAUACCCUGACUACGGUGCAAUUACCAUCACUGAAGAUAGCAAUGCCUUUGGUGACAGUUCGAUCCUGAUACCUGAGGUUCCGAAACUUAAGGAGGAAGAGGAACUUUUAUAUCGGCCAAUUUAUGAGAAGCUGGUAGACUCGAAAAAAGUGGAAAGGGAUCGGAAGUUGAAUACACCCUCUGCAUCUUCUCAAAAACAAGAAAAACAAUCUCUUCAAUGUAUGAAAAAGAUAGCCCAAGAGCUUGCUCGGUACCAUCACCUUGUGGGACUGGAUUAUUAUGUAAUUGCAUGUAGCAACAGUUCCUCUGGUGAAGGUUGGUGUAGAGAGUAUACGUCUCGGGAUGAGAUUUCCACUUGGGUUGAAACCAAGGCACACCUUCAACAUGUUUUCCCACUGUAUUGUCAAAAUGCAACGACAAUCGACGAAGUCAAUUCGGUUGCAGCAACAAGCAAGCCUUCUGUUACACACAAAGCAUCAAACAACAAAUCUGACACCGAUAAGAAGACAUUGGGCGAUAUGUUGAAUCGAUUAUUAGGUGUGUAUUAA